GAAAUAAGCCUGGCAGUCCAGCGCGUGCAUCUGACAGGACAGUCUCUCGCAGCGCUCGGUUCAGGGAGAAAUGCGGUUGGACCACGCUUUGCUGACAAUCUGCUUUCUUGUAAAGUGCCAGUGAUGGAUGUUUAAGGAUGUUAUGGGAUUAUUGUGCAGUGUUUACACGGAAUAAGGUUGCAGCAUGGAAUCUCUUGGAGAAAACAGGCUCAGCACUUGAACUCCAGCCCUUAGAGAAGAAGAGGACAACCUGGAAUUCACUCUCAUUAUCCUUCUAAAGCUAUUCAAGUGAACUGGAACUGUGACAAGUGAACAGAAUAAACCAUGCAUUUGGGCAGAGGGCUGCUGUUUUUCCUUCUCUUAAACAGUGUGACCAUGAGCUUCUCUCUGUCAACCUGCACCACGGUGGACAUCGACCACAUCAAGAAGAAGAGGGUGGAGGCCAUCCGGGGUCAGAUCCUCAGCAAACUGAGGCUGACCAGCCCGCCGCAGACCCUGGGCCCUAGUCAGGUGCCCUAUCAAGUGCUGGCCCUCUAUAACAGCACUAGGGAGCUGCUGGAGGAGUUGGGACGGGACCGACAUCAGAGCUGUGGCCAGGACAACACCGAGACCGAAUACUACGCUAAAGAGAUACACAAGUUCAACAUGAUCCAGGGCUUCCCUGAAAACAAUGACCUUCCCUACUGCCCCAAGGGCAUAACAUCAAAAGUUUUCCGCUUCAACGUCUCCAGCAUGGAGAAGAACGCGACCAACCUGUUCCGGGCAGAAUUCCGUGCCCUGCGGGUGCCGAACUCCAGCGCCAAGAGAAACGAGCAGCGCAUCGAACUCUAUCAGAUUCUUCGUCCCGAUGAGCACAUCGCUAAGCAGCGCUACAUCGGCGGCAAGAAUGUUCUAACUAAAGGAACGCCUGAGUGGGUUUCCUUCGACGUCACUGAGACCAUACGGGAGUGGCUCAUGUACAGAGAGACCAACCUCGGCCUGGAGAUCAGCGUUCACUGCCCGUGUCACACGUUCAGCCCCAACGGCGACAUUGUUGAGCACGUCAACGAGGUGUUGGAGGUCAAAUUCAGAGGGAUGGACGGCGAGUACGAGGAGCAGAACCGUUGGGAUUUGGGUCGACUAAAGAAGCAGAAGGACCAGCUUCUCCCUCAUCUUAUCCUGAUGAUGCUGCCGCCACACCGCCUGGACGUCCUGCCCAGCUCUAGACGACGCAAACGCGCUCUGGACACCAACUACUGCUUCUCAAACUACGAGGAGAACUGCUGCGUUCGGCCGCUGUACAUCGACUUCCGGCAGGAUCUGGGCUGGAGGUGGAUCCAUGAGCCCAAAGGGUACCACGCCAACUUCUGCUCCGGGCCGUGUCCGUACCUCCGCAGCGCCGACACCACACACAGCACGCUGCUGAGCCUGUACAACACGCUGAACCCCGAGGCGUCCGCUUCGCCCUGCUGCGUUCCUCAAGACCUGGAGCCGCUGACCAUCCUCUACUACGUGGGCCGAACGCCUAAAGUGGAGCAGCUCUCCAACAUGAUCGUCAAAUCCUGCAAGUGCAGCUGAGGGGCCUCGAGACCCCGGCGCGGGUUCGAACGCUCGAGGGUCAAAAGGAAGGAACUGGACUCUAAAAGAAUACCUCUCUACAUCCUUCUCACCUACAUCCAACCCGGGAGCCCGAGGCUUCUCGAAGCACUACGUAAGUUGCGUUCCAAGACGACUUCGCAGCCAAACGCUGCCCUACGAUCCCUCGAACUUCUAGUUUGACGUUUGAAGUGACUUGUCCACUUGUAAUGUGUAAUUUUUGGUCAGCUUUUUAAAGUGCCUCUAGGCAAACCUCACGGCCAUUUCUGAACUCUGAAACGGCAGUGCGAACCUUCGUAACACCUGCACCGAGGACAACGGCGGAUGCACACGUGCUGGAUCGACCGACGGCUCGACGAGAGCCUUUUUGUAUAACGAUGUUCCAACGUAACUCAUUCGAGCACGCCAUUUCCCAGACCGAACCUUUUAGUGUGUACCGCAGUAAUCCACACUGUUUGUCUAACGUGACAGUGUUACUGAUAAUGCUAAUACAAACAUGCUGGAAAGAAAUAUUUUGACUGGGUUAGGUUUACCUCUGUCACACGGCAGAAGUUUUAGUUCUUCAGUGAAGCUGACGUAUGCCGACACAUGAACUUUUAGAUCACAAACUGCUAAUGUUUUUACUGCUAUUACUCUUGAAAACACUUUUUUAAUUAAACAGUCUUGGACAAAAAGA